AUGAGCGACCACUUUUACAUGGAGGGACUGGAGGCAAUGGGCCAUAAAGCACACUCAGAUGGCAUAGGAUAUAGUGCGAUUUAUAGUUGGUAUGGCCAAACUAUGGACCGUCUCCAGAGUGAUAGCUCCAAUAUAUCUGUAGAGUUUCGAUCACUGACGGCCAAAGUCGAGACAUGGAAACAUUUCUGGCCUGAUGAACCUUUCUUCGCGGGUAUAUCGUUAAAAAGCACCUCAAGAAAAUCUUUUGAGCCCAAAGAUCAAAAUAAACCCAUAAAACCUGUGAAAAAUUCAACUUCCUCUUCGUCAAAACAGCAUUCGUCGCAGAAAACUCUCACUACACUCUCACCAACUGCAGGAUCGUCAAAACAACCCAUCAUACCGGAUGCAAGUCGAUCACUGAUUAAGUCACAGCAAGGAUCCCAUGGCAAUAGAAAACGGGAUUACAAGAGGUAUCUCAACGUGACUUGCGCAAACUGUAAUAUGAGAGGUCACAACUUGAGUUACUGUGUCGCUCCUGUGGACGAGUUUGGAUUCAUCUCAGGUUGUCCGCGAUGUAAUACCAAGGAGCAUUUAUUCGAUGAUUGCCCUAGCCCAAUAACGUCUAAAGGCAAGAGAGAUUGGGUUUAUCUUGUUCGGAGAAGAACAAAUUGUCCUCCAAUUCGUUGUUCUAAGGAUAUUCGUCAUCUACAAGGAUUUGAGAAUAGGACAGAGCACCCAUGGACGUACGACUUUUCCUUGAAGCAAGUGGGCAAAUUUGAGAUAUUAUACGACGAAUAUGGGGAGCCGAAGGGAUUAUAUCCAGACCCAGCAUGGAAGACACCAGAUAGAGUUCUCUCUCAAGCAUACCCCCGCAUGAUGGAUAUAGCCUUACCAAGGCUAUGGCGUUUUCACUUGAGAUUGUAUCUAAAGUCGGCCGACCUAGGCCACAAGUUUGAAGAAUUCCUAAAAUCGAUGAGCGAAACAGCGAGUGAUAAUAGAAUGAUCACUUGUGAGAUUGUUCGCUUGGCAGAAGCUCUUGAAGACAUUUCAGAGCUUGAGUCAAACGAAGCGAGAGGAGAGCGGUUGCCUGUCCAAAGAAGAAUUGAUAUCACGACAAAGGAGGCUAAGGAGAUGGAAUUUGAAGCAAAGCUGAAUGCUUACCAUGUACCAGAAAAUUCUCGCCUAGCGAACAAUGACUCAUCUCCAGAUAAUGAAAUGGCCGUUUCUUCAACUGAAGGAAAGGGAAAAGGCAAGGCAAUAGAUGUCCGUAGUACCUCAUUUUCCUACAGAUAUGGAGAGGAAGAGCAGAACAUGUACCGGAACUAUGAACAGAGGUACACACCUGAUAAUCCCUUCAGUGAAGGUGCUUCGUCAAAUAUCCCAAGCGAAAGCACACGUCCGUUUGAGAAUUUGGUUGCUAGAAAAGAAUUCCGAAGCAAUCUCACUCCCCCUGUCGAAAAUUACAAACGGCGAGAUUCAUCAUCUCCAGAAAAAGUUCCAGACUGUGUUCCUGUCGAUACAGAUACUCAGUCAAGUGGUCCAAGUGAGGAAGGAGAAAAUCAACUGUCAAAAUUUGCGGAAUUCAAGUACGAACAAUCUAGGGAACAAAAACAGUUGGAGAAGAAAAUUUCAAAUUUAAAGAGGGACCUCAAAGAGAUCAAUAGCUUUGAGAAGAGGAUGGAAAUGUUGACGACCGAUCAGUGCAAUCAAGUUAAGAUGAAAGAAUUCAAGGAAAGGGAGUUGAGAGUGUUGUUAGAAAUCCGUAGUCGAUACGUAACAUACCCCGAACAAACUGCUGGCUCAAAGACAAAUAUGACUGGAAGGCGUCAUCAUUUUGGAGCACCAGCAAAACAAGCACCUAAUCUAGAAUAUCCAGACGAUCGUCACGGCAGCAAUGGCGGAGGCAGUAGUAAAAGUAGGGGUAAAUCUUCAACAAGCAAAGAAUUUUCACCGGAAGGCUUCCAGAUCAAGAAUCUUAAGUACAAAAAUAUUGGUCGAAAUCCAGCGAUGUCUACCUCAUCGGUACCAAAGCACUUACAAAAAUUUCCUUUCGCAAGCAUUAGAAAGUCACCCUUGAGCUAUGUUCAAACCGCACCAAUUGUUGGAGACCAAGAUCCAAACGGGAACAACGAUUCCACGAGCCCUGAGAAGUCACAGUCUCCUGUCGUUAUAAAGCAAGAUCUUUCUCCGGCAUUUAACAGAAGACAAAAAGCCAAGGAUAUUUUAAAUGGGAAAUUGAACCGAUCAUCGAGAAAUGCACGAACAAUUUCCUCCGCUGCUAAGGCAAUGUCGAUUAUUCCCAGGCCACAGUCGUCGAGACUGUUAAAAUCCGUGACUGAAAGUCAAGGUACGUUCCCGGCUAUGAAUGAAACACAAAGUGAAAGUGUAGCAGAUAGGCAUUCGAAGCUACUCUCGAGUCACACACAAGUAGCUACAUCCAGUUCCGAAAACUUCAAGAAAGAGACAAUAAUUUCCGAGUCCACAAAUUCAUAUCACUUGCAACCCUCUGAUGAGAUCAAGAAUCAAACGGGGCUUAUCUCCGGGCCAAUGGAUUCAGGGAAAUUACCAACGGCCGUUGAUGAUAGCCAAAAUCUGUCUUCAGCAUCGAAUGAAAAACAAGCUGUCCAUGUUGCAAAUACAAAUCUGGAGCUAGCUUCAAGGGACGUUCAGAGUAUUUCCAAUGUUGACGAAAUUUAUCAGCAUACUACCAAAUUGAAGACAAAUAAUCUUCAGCAGAGUCCACUACUGUAUGUACCGUCUUUAAAAGCAAAGCAGAUGCUAGCUUCAAAAGAUGAAACGCCGUCGACAUCACCACAACCAGAUAGUAAAGCAUUUUCAUCGGUUUAUAAGCCACUACAAAAAAGAGAAAAGCAAUCGACACCAGGUAAUGAGCAUCAAUCAUUAUUACUGCAAGAAGACAGGGUAAAUCACGGCAAAUCACCUGCAACUGUUCAUAUACCACCACAGAUGAGAAUCACGCAACCUUCAAAGGAUGAAUCACCGCCUCCAAUGACGCAAUCUUCAAUACAGAUGAUAGAGCCGGGACAAUCAUCGCCAAGGAAUAGUUCAGUUUCGCAAAAUCCACAACUAUUGGACCCAGAAGUAGCGUAUCCGAAAAAAUCAAAUAAAAAGUCCUCCUCGAUUCCACCAGAUCAAUCUUAUCUAGAAGAAGAAGAAGAUAGUUCCAGCUCUAUACCUCAAUAUCGAACAAGCCCUAGACCUUCUAAUUUACAGCAGAAAUUUCCCAGAACUAUGAGACGGAGUGUGAGACAACAUACAUUAUCAUCUGACUCAUAUCUACCAGAGCCUGAAAAUCCUUUCUUCACACCACGUUUAAAGGAGACUGUUUCUAAACCUAGCAAUUCAUGGCCGGAACUUCUAGAUCCUGAUUCCUUUGCUGAUUUUCUUGAUUGUGAAUCGCCCAAUGACAAAAUCGAUUUAUCAGUCCCACUGCCAAAUCCAGAUACCUUUUCAUUGGAUAAUGAAGAUUGCAAUAUUAAGAAACCACUAAGGUCAUCAAUUUCACUGCCAGAUCCAGAUAUCUUCUUAUUGGAUGAAGAAGAUCGUAACCCUAAAGAAUCGCUAAGGUCAUCAAUCCCAACAAUGCUACACUCCCGUCCUCACAGGCAGAGCAAUUAUGCAAGCAGUACAAUAUCUGGUGGGAAUUCCAAAAUCCAAGAAGCAGACAGAGCCGUGUCAGACGAAAAUGCAAGCAAGAUAUGCUUUGAGUGUAACAAAGUAGGACAUUAUCUAAUUGAUUGCCCCUCGAGCUGGAGACUCGACGCAUUGGUUCUUGACAAUUUUCCUCAUUCGAGCUCACGAUACCGUGCCGGCUUGGGGAACUAUAUGCAGGCUAAAGCUAAUAAGUCUGAUUUCAACCCUAGCGCCAAUAAUUACAUCCCGACUUGGUCAAGAAACAGUUAUCCGGUUCAUGCAUCACUUCCUAGCAAUGUUCCUCAUCCUAACCUACCGCAUAUUGCAAAUGCAGGGAACCGGUUACAGGCUAAACCUAAGUCUGAUCUCGAUCCUCCCACUGGUUUGUUCUACCCGAAUCGGUUAACAAAAGGUGAUCAUCUAGUCGAGGGGUUACCUGAAAAUUGGAUCGAAAUAGCGGAGAGAAUCGAUACUUUUUUCCAUGAGAAUUGGGAACAAGAAGUGAAAGAGCGAAUUGAGACUCGCUUUUGGGAAGUCCAGAAAAUCAUGAGUAAGACGGGCUAUAAUUUCAGUCUUGCAAAUUAUUCAGAUGAUGAAGGGUCAGGAGACGAAGAAUCAGAAGACGAAGAAAUAACCGUAAGACUUCCCUGGCAAACGAAGAGCUCUGACUGCAGCCCUUGGAGGGAAACUAGGGAGAGAAAAAAGAGACCUCCGAUUUCAACCAGAGCAACCGCUAUUCAAACGGGACAUGAUUAUAAUAUAGAGGAGAAAGUGAGAAAUAUGCUGACGAGGGGACCUCCAAAUGGCACUCACGGAUUUCAACCAAGGAGAAUUAUGAAUGGUACUGGAUUUUUCUAUCCGAUUCCUGGCGAUUGGUUCUGCAUAUCAGCGGGUUGUAGAGAACGCAAUGAUUCCGAGCAUGUCAUCUGCAAGAAAUGUUCCAGUUCACGUGGAACAAGGAGAGUGGAUGGUAGAAUUGAGAUUUUCCAACCCGGGGAUUGGGUAUGUCCAUUCAGAUAUUGUUCCAGACAUAACUAUGCCAAACAUGUCGUCUGUAAAGAUUGUGGCAGUCGUUCAAAAGCACCAACGACAGCUCCUGUCCUUUGGAAGUGCAGCUCAUUUAAUUGUGGCGAGAUAAACGAUGACGGUGUGGUACGUUGUCGAAAAUGCGGUAGUCCUCGUAUUAUCUUUCAUAACCCGCCACCUCGAGCAACAGUCAAUGCUUUCCAUGCCGGUGAUUGGUAUUGCGGUACAUCAGGAUGCGCAGCUCACAACUCUUCCAGAGAUAUCAGCUGUUGGAAAUGUGGUGGUACGGAUACCACGCUCCUUGUCCCUGGUCAAGUUGUUCAAAACACAACUGGCUUUCUUCCCCCCCCGGGUUGGAAUUGUAAUAUGUUUGGUUGCGGUGUCUAUAAUCAGUCUAACUGUUUCAACUGUUGGCAGUGUGGCAAUCCUCGUGCCGAUUUUUUUCGAGGCCCAUCAAUUUUUUGA